AUAAUAAAAAGUGCCUUCCAACACUUUUUUUUUCUUUCACAAAACUCAAAAAUUAAAACAAAUCCUUCUUUGAGAAAAAAACUAUAUUUUAAUAAAGAAAAAACCAUAAAAAAUAAACAAAUAAAUUUGAAGACCAGGGAAAGAAAAGGGAGGCUGAAGAUUCCCAUUCAGAGGCUGUCUCCAGGCUAAAACAGAGCUCAGUAUCAGCAGCCAUGGGAAUCAUAACGAUAGCCAUUGGAGACGCCUUGUUAACCUCGAUGUGGGUAUUUUCCAUGCCGCUCUUAAAGAUUUUCACCUCCAAAAUCGUCGGUUUCCUCGGCGCCCAAACUUUGCCUUUGGCGACUCUUAUGGUCUCGACGGUCUUAGUCAGUAUUUUAGUCAUGAUUUUCAGCUUUAUCGGCAACGUUUUCGGCGGCGCAAGCUUCAAUCCCGCGGCUUCUAUGACUUUCCACGUUGCGGGUCUCAAGAAAAACGACUCCAUCCUCUCCAUGGCCGUCAGAUUCCCAGCUCAAGCCGCCGGUGGAGUCGCAGGCGUCAAGGCAGCUCUGGGUUUGAUUCCCGCGGAAUACAGCAACACCCUGACCGGACCUUCCCUGAAAGUGGACUUACACACCGGAGCCGUCGCGGAAGGACUGUUUACAUUCGGACGAAGCCUUGCACUGCUGCUGAUAAUGUUUAAGGGUCCAAAGAACGGGUGGGUUAAGCAAUGGUUGGUGUCUUUAGCGACGGCGAUUUUGGUUCUAACGGGCUCCAGAUUCACGGGAGCUCCCAUGAAUCCUGCAAGUGCAUUUGGAUGGGCAUAUGUUAAUAAUCGACAUAAUUCAUGGGAACUGUAUUAUGUUUAUUGGAUUGGUGCUUUGUUUGGGGCAACUUUGGGAGCUUGGGUUUUCAGAUUCAUGGUUUCUUUGCCACUUCCACCACCAACCAAGCAGAAAAAAGCUUGAUUUUUAGGUAAAUGAUUCACUAGUUUUAUUAAAAAUAAAAAACCUUCCUUUAUUAAUAAAUCCUGGCAUUUAUGAUUCACUUGUUUCUUUUACUGUAAAUUAUUUGUGGAUUACUUUAUCAAAUAUUAAAUUAAAUAGGAUGGUUGAAUUAAUAAA